UUAUCCAAAGGGGAUCAUGGUUUCAUGCCUUUUCAGAAGGAAAAUUGAGCUGACAUGAAACUUGGUGGCUUUUGGUCUUGAGUUUUUGUUUCGGUGGUCAUUCUGGUGGUCUCCAGUUGAGAGGGCCCGUAUACAGAAGUCCCGUUGGGCCCGUUGUUCUGUCAGGCCGGCCGAGGUCCUGGGAAGGCCCGUUGAGAGCCUGUAUGCCCAUCAGGAGUCGCAGGAGGACGAGUGUGAGAACGUGGUGCAGCUCUGGAAAAAGAUGGUCGAGGAUGAGCGCCACUUUGCCUUGAUGUUAGAUGUGGGCCUGUGCUUGAUGACCCUGGUGGCCCUGGGUUCGAUCUCCUUCAUCGUCGGUGGAUGGGUGAAACCACGAGCUCCUGGUUACUGGACCCACAGGCCCUGGAGCCCUUUCAGGGACCACUACUACUCUGAGGUGGAUGUCACAGAAGAGUUGCGUGAUAUCGUGCAGCAGCUCUUCGAUUUGUGCACACAGUCGGAGAAUAUGGGUCAAGGAGAAGAUGGGAAAUGGGUGAGUCAUCGCUCCUUCCGGGUGACCCAGGUGCACCGCAUCGAGAACGGGCCGCUCUGGUCCAGUUAUGCGACGACCAAGAAAUCCAUCCCGAAGUGCCAGGCAAGCUUGAAGGAGAUGAGCGCCGCCCUCCGAAAGCGGACGGAAGACGCCAUCCAGGAGCUUGACAUGGAGGACGAGAAGCUCCAUGGUGCUGCGAUGAUCAAGGACUUCGUCAAAUCACUGGGCCUGGACCGGAAGAGGAACGAGAGGCUCCUGUUCCAUGGAAGCCCGGGUCAGGGUGCUGUGAACCUCAAUACCGGCGAGGUGAUCUUCCCUGAAAAGGACAAAAAUCCGGUCUAUGCCAUUAAGCAGUCAGGCUUUGAUGACAGGCUCAGCAGUGUGCGUGGGAUGUACGGCUCCGGCGUUUACUUUGCCCAAAAGGCCUGCAAAGCAGACCAGUACGCUGGGCAGUAUCACUGGCCACCUCCGCCUGGUUCUCCCUUCAACUACUAUUGCAGUGUGGGACAGAAGGCCACGAUCUUUCUGUCCAGAGUGGUCCUUGGAUGCCCCUACAAGACGGAGCUCUCUUUAGAACAGCUCCGACGGCCGCCAUGCAUUGAAGGGCAUUUCGAUCUGAACCUCCUCUGGAACGAAGACCUGCGACCGACUUCGACCCCUUGGAGACUCAAAGGAGUGCCGUGCUGUAUUUGCUCGCACCAACGUUUUGAUUCCGUCAUGGCGGGCUUGAGCAUCGACAUGAGAGAGAAGCUGUAUCGGGAGUUCGUGGUGUACGACAAGCAAUGCUAUCCCGAGUUCUGUGUCACCUACGAGCGAUGUCGUGCUCCGGUGCCUGCUCGUGGGCGGUCCUCACGGCGGUGAGAGGGCGAGACGAGCGCUGAGCUGGUCAGCGAGGAGCAAAGCAUGCUGUUGAG